AUGGCUCAAGAAUUAAUCAACAUUAAAGAUGGAACACUUGAACAAGUGACAGAAAAAUGUGCUUAUCUCUAUACGAAAGAAAGUUUUCUCUAUCAAAAGCUGAACGAAUUGAUGCGAUUCGAUGGUGAUAGAGAAAAAUCCAAGAUAUUAUGGGCAAAAGUAAACACACUUGGUCCUUUCGCUCUUCUUCUCAGUGAAAUUCCAGAACACGGAAUGUUAAAAGGUGCACGUGAACAAGGUUUUGUAGUCGAAAAAAGUAAGCAAGAAGGAAAAGAACAACAAUUAAGUGAAGAAAAAAGUAAAGAAAAAAAAAAUCCUGAUGCAAAAAUUUCAUUACAACCAGCUAUUACUGAAACUGUUGUCGAUGGAGCUGCAACCAUAGCUAAGGAUGAUUCUUAA